UGCCUCGGAAUCCAGCACAGAGAGAACAUGGAAGUAUGACCUGGACCGCUCCACGGAGAAAGAUCCACGCUGAAACUCUCCGGUCUUCGCAACAACAGAUCCAACUCACUCUUUGUAACACAUAGGCUGUAGAAACUGUCACUGUGCGAAGUCAUUCUGAGUAAUGACAAUGUUGGGUAUGUAUGUACCAGACAGAUUUUCUUUGAAAACCUCCCAAGUCCAGGAUGGGAUCGGGCUUUAUACGGCAAGACGAGUGAAAAAGGGGGAGAAAUUUGGUCCAUUUGCAGGAGAGAAGAAGCUUCCGGGAGAGCUGGACGAGAGCACCGACACCAGACUGAUGUGGGAGGUCCGGGGGAACAAGGGCGACGUGCUCUACGUCCUGGACGCCAGUAACCCUCGCCACGCCAACUGGCUUCGGUUUGUCCACCAGGCUCCAUCACAGGAACAGAAGAACCUGGCAGCCAUUCAGGAUGGGGAGAACAUCUUCUACCUGGCAGUGGAUGACAUUGAGACAGACACGGAGCUCCUGAUUGGCUACCUGGACAGUGACAUGGAGGAGGAGGAGGAGGAGGAGGAAGAAGAGGUCAUCAAGGACGAAGACGAAAGUAGCAAGGAGGCCAGCCAUCUUGCUGAAAUGGAGCUGGUGAUUAAGAAGGAGGACCACCCGUGCCUCCUGUGUGAGAGCAGCUUCCCCAGCGAGGAGAUCCUGGCUGCCCACCUCCACAGCCUCCACCAGAGGCCUGAGGAGAAGGAGUGGAAAUGCAGGAACUGUGGGAAGAAGUUCCCCAUCAAGCAGGCCUUGCAGCGCCAUGUGCUUCACUGUGCCGAGGCCCUGGGCCCCGCAGGAGACACCUCCAGAGCUCACCAGUGCACCAUCUGCCACUCCAGCUUCACCUCAGAGUCCAGUUUUGAGCAGCACAAGGAGGCGUGUCGAGGCGACGCGUUCGUCUGCAAGGCUGAGAGCUGUGGGAAGAGAUUCAAGAGCAGUGAUGCGCUGAAGAAACACAAAGGAAAUGUUCAUGCAGGUAGUGCACGGCGGAAGCUGAUGUGUAACAUCUGUAACAGGAAGUGCUCUUCUUCUAUGAACCUACUGGAACAUCGCAAGGUACACGAGAUCUUCGACUGCCAUGCUUGUGACAAGAAAUUCAUCUCUACCAAUCAGCUAAAGCGGCACAUGAUCACACACUCUGAGAAGCGCCCGUACACCUGUGAGGUCUGCAGUCGCUCCUUCAAGCGCCUGGACCAGGUGACCGCUCACAAGAUCAUCCACAGCCUGGACAAACCCUACAAGUGCAAACUCUGCUGGAAGGAGUUUGCCCACCGCAACGUCUACAAGAACCAUAAGAAGACCCACUCGGAGGAGAGACCGUUCCAGUGUGAGGAGUGCAAGGCCUUGUUCAGAACACCCUUCUCCCUGCAGCGCCAUCUACUCAUCCACAACAGUGAGAGGACGUUCAAGUGUGACCAGUGCGACGCCACGUUCAAGAGGAAGGACACGCUCAACGUGCACAUCCAGGUGGUGCACGACGGCCACAAGAAGUACAAGUGUGACCUGUGCGAGAAGGCCUUCGUCACGCCCUCCGUGCUCAAGAGCCACAAGAAGACACACACAGGGGAGAAGGAGAAGAUAUGUCCCUACUGUGGACAGAAGUUUGCCAGCAACGGCACCUUGAGAGUCCACAUCCGAAGCCACACAGGAGAACGGCCCUACCAGUGUCCCCACUGUGACAAGGCCUUCAGCAAGAACGAUGGCUUGAAGAUGCACAUACGCACACACACUCGGGAAAAGCCAUAUAAAUGCAGUGAGUGCAACAAGGCGUUCAGUCAGAAGAGAGGUCUGGACGAGCACAUGAGGACCCACACAGGAGAGAAACCCUUCCAGUGUGACGUGUGUGACCUGUCCUUCAGCCUGAAGAAGAUGCUGAGUCGUCACAAGCUCACGCACAACCCCAACAGGCCCAUGGCGGAGUGCGGCCUCUGCCACAAGAAGUUCACCAGGAACGACUACCUCAAAGUGCACAUGGAGAACGUCCACGGGGAGACCGAGGGAUAGGAGCCCGGCUGUCCUCCUGUCUGUCUGUCCUCCUGGCUGUCUGUCUGUCCUCCUGGCUGUCUGUCUGUCCUCCUGGCUGUCUGUCUGUCCUCCUGUCUGUCUGUCCUCCUGGCUGUCUGUCUGUCCUCCUGGCUGUCUGUCUGUCCUCCUGGAUGUCUGUCUGUCUGUCCUCCUGUCUGUCUGUCCUCCUGUCUGUCUGUCCUCCUGUCUGUCUGUCUGUCUGUCUGUCCUCCUGUCUGUCUGUCCUCCUGGCUGGCUGUCCUCCUGGUUGUCUGUCCUCCUGGCUGGCUGUCCUCCUGGCUGUCUGACUAACUGUCUGUCUGUCCUCCUGUCUGUCUGUCUGUUUUCCUGUCAUUCCACUCAGAACACUUUACUGAGAGCAGUAGGAACAUCAGGUUUGUGUACCUACAGUAAGGACUGUACAGAGCGGACAAGUUGACACAGUCUACUGUGAUUAACAGAACACCAGUGCAGAGUAUGGAGAUUAUUAGAGCUAGAUGUUCUAUUAUCCUGUACAUGUGAACCCUGGCGUACCAGUGUGAGAUGUGAAAUGCACAUGGGCACAACAAACAUGUUUACCUGUGUGUGACCUCUGCCUCACCUCCACCCAGAGGGAGCAUGCAUGGAUGCACAUCUUUGCUGUUGGCAAGUUACUGUUUGUAGCAAACUAAAAGUUUGUUGAUAAGACCAAACUGCUUGGAAGACUGUACCGACUUCUCGUUUACAAAAAAAAGAGAAAAAAACUAUUUUUUGUGCGUGUAUUUCUUUUAUUUUUGUAUAUUUUUUGUUUCAAAUUAAUCUACCAAUGGAUCCAGUACUGUUGUUGUAUAUUAAAACUAGUUUUGUA